CUUUAUUCCGAAACACAAAAUCGAGUUUAAGAUCCAUCAGUUCCGUUCCGUUUCGCCUUUGUACAGCGGUGUGUUUGUAUGUGUGCGGGCCAUUGUUGGCGGUGUCCGUGAGCAACGCCAACGGCCAGGAUCUGUUCCGCGGGGAGGAAGUUGCGCGUUUGUUUGGUAUCGAUAAAAUAUAGCAACCCCUUCGUGCUGCCCGUCGGAACAUCCGGAUGUAGAUUGUUUUGUGUGCUCGUGUGUGUUGGGUUUGUUGUGAAAUGCUCCCCAAGCUCCCCCAGUCCGUCGAUCAUCCAGUGGCUUGGUGGUGGUAGUGCGUCUCGAUGAUCCAUCGAACGGUGCAUCCGGCUGGAAAAGAUAGGUACAAUUCUCCUGGCCUCGAAAGAACAAUUAAUGCGUGGUCCACUCCGCUGGCCCCAUUCCUGUGAACCGUUCGGCCAGCCGGCGAACCAAGCGGAGGAAAAGUUAUUAGAGACCGGUGUGGGCCGCAUCCGGUGACCAGCGUGCCAGCCUGCUUUCGGCACCGACCGUUGCUUAGAUUCGGCUUCGAUUCCCCCCUUGAAUGAAGUGCGCGGACCGGCGGAAAACUCUUUCCCAACGACCACGAGCGAGACGCAGGCGAAGAAGGCAAGCGUAAGGCACCAGCGCCAUGAGUGCGAUCAAUAAUAGCGGCGGUGCAGCUGGCAACGUGAACAACAACAAUAAUGCCAACAGUCGACAUCAAAAGCUGGAGCAGCAGCGCCAGCUAAUGGAGGCCUACAUACGCCAGAAGCGUGCAACGCCCGGUAUGGUGCAAGCUAGCGAUCUGCAGCUCGUCCGGCCGAUGUCCGCCGUCAACCGGAAUGGGCGCGAGGUGCACGCCUACGACGGGCCGAUGCAGUUCAUGAUGUCACCGAACAACCCGGACCAGAUCAUCAGCACAACCACCGCACCAGGCGUCGGGGCGACUCACGGAGCGUCCGGUCCCACCAUCACGCCGAAGUCUCUCGCAACGACACCAACAUCACCUUACAGCGACCUGACGCUUGAAAAGCUGACACCAUCAUCGCAGGACAGCGAGGACGAGGAAAGCACCCCGGUCGACGUGUUGCCACUGUCCUCCGGCACGAAAUCUCCCCAUGGGCCGCCGGGCGGCGAUCGGGCGGGUGCCGAUUAUCUGCUGUCCCACUCGGCACCGAUAUCGCCCGCGCUCAACAACAACAACCACAGUCAGAACCAUCACAACAGCAGCAGCGGGAACGUCAAGAGCACCGAGAGCUCCGGUACGCCACCGAGCGGCGGAGGCGGAGGCGGUCCCCCCGACACGGAGGGUGACGUUAUCGGACCGAUCGAGCAGUGGGUCACGCAACCGGCCGCCCAGGGCGUGCUGUACAAGUGUCGGAUAACACGCGACCGGAAGGGCAUGGACCGGGGACUGUUCCCCAUCUACUAUCUGCAUCUCGAGCGUGACUAUGGCAAGAAGGUGUUCUGUCUCGCCGGUCGCAAACGGAAGAAGAGCAAAACGUCCAACUACAUCAUCAGCUGCGAUCCGACGGACCUGUCGCGACAGGCGGACGGUUUCGUGGGCAAGCUACGCUCGAACGUGUUCGGCACCACGUUCUUCGUCUACGACAGUGGCACCAAGAACGAUAACGCGACGCCCCGUCUCGACCUUGCCGUCGUGAUCUACGACACCAACAUCCUCGGAUUUAAGGGGCCACGCAACAUGACCGUGCUGCUGCCGGGCAUGACGGAGGACGACCAGCGUGUGCAGAUCAGCUCGGUUGACGGUCAGCAGGGGCUGCUGGAUUGCUGGAAGUCAAAGAACAUGGACAAUGUCGUGGAACUGCACAACAAGACGCCCAUCUGGAACGAUGAAACGCAAUCGUACGUGCUAAACUUUCACGGUCGCGUCACGCAAGCCUCGGUGAAGAACUUCCAGCUCGUGCACGACUCCGACCCGGACUACAUCGUGAUGCAGUUCGGGCGGACGGCGGACGACAUCUUUACCAUGGACUUCCGGUACCCGUUGUGUGCGUUUCAGGCGUUCGCGAUCGCUCUGUCCAGCUUCGACGGUAAGCUGGCCUGCGAGUAGUAGCGGGCGAUGAGCGAGAGGGGUUGGCGCAAUGCCGAGGACGGCACUAGUUCCUGGGAUGCAGAUUUCAAGCCUCGAGGGUUCUCGAGUCUAUUUGCAGCAAAUCAAAGUUAAAUACUGCCACGAUUCGUCAUCGUAAAACAGCGACGACCCCCGCAGAAGCCAUUCGAUGGAACACAUCGGGGGAAGGUACUGGACGGACAGUGGUAUACAUUUGCAGCGGUAGAUUUGGCAGUGUUCACACGAGGUUAACACAGAGAUGGCCCAAGACUGGUGUCGUGAUGAAGCGAUUUGUUGGAUGUGGCCUGUAUGAUUAGCUUAUUGAUGGCGAGUAAAACCAGCAAUCCCUACGAAGAGACAUGUUGUUCAGUAGUUUAGCUGGAAACAUGCAUUGAAAGUUGAAAAAGAAUCGAUCGAUCGAGGUUUUCACCUCUCAACCCAAACAACAAAAAGCUGACUGUUUCGUCAGCUAAUGUAAGUCUGGUGCAAACGACUGCUCACUAACAAUUGGAAGCCUGCCUCGGUGGCUCGCGGUUCCAAAGCGAUAAAUUCUUGGAAGCGUACAAUGUCGAUGAAACUAGGGCACGGAUAGUGAGUAAAUAAGGUACUAUGUGUGAAACCGCAAACGCUUUCCUAGUUAAGGGGCAAAAAAUAGCAAAACCAGUUACCGGCCAUCUAGAUCGAGUAGAAAUCGUAGGACAAAAGGUAACAAAAUGAAAAUGGUUGUGUUAUAAUCAAAGUAACCUACGCGAAAUACUACCUGCAACGGGGAGAUCUGAAAAACGUCAAUCGCAACGGUUAACGUUAAAGAUAUUGUAAUUACGCGAAUAUUAUUAUUAGCGAGAAGAGGGCAUACUUACGUUCAAGACGGAAUGUAUCAUGCCGGCAAGUGCUUGAUUUUUAGUGAUGACUUUUGUAUUCGACCGUUUUCGGGAACGAAGGUGGUAAAUUGCACGAUGCAUUGGAACCGUCUCCGACUUUUAUGCCAAGCUUUCGCUAAAUUUUACGAUAAUUUUAAAACACAACGUAUGUUCAGUUUUUCUUUCGAAAGAAAGAAAUCAAUUUUUCUGCGAAAUCAAACUUACUUUGCUGUACAUUUUACAAGAACCAACCUGUAGCCGUUCAGCAGAAACACAGCAUGCUAAGUAAUGGUUGAUUGUCUUCUUAAUUGUCUGCUGUGAGAGGCCUACCUAGGGAACCGUUUUGCUAAACUUAACGUUGAGCCGUGGAUUGAGUGAUUUCUCACUUCACGCAUCUUUGCCUUAACACCAUUCGACCGGGAAAUUUUGUGUGCUGUUAAGCUACAUUAUUUUGUACAUAACUGAAGCGUUUAUUAAUGCUUUUUGCAGUUUCUAGAUUAUUCAAGAACAUGAAAGGAAUGAGAAGUCCAUUGGCGGCAGCUAAGCUACAGAAUCAAACAAAGUUAAAUUUCAUACCAUUUUUCCAACAGCUUAUCACUCGUGAAGAAUGAUUCAAUGGUUGCCUCAUUUAGUUAAAUUUUUUAUGAAGAAUUGGUUCAAAAUUCUGCCACUAGCAGCUGUUGGCCAAUUGUGGAGGGAUGUGCUGUUUCUCUCAUAAAUUUAUACUAAAACGCAAAGUGCCCGCGAAAGUAAAUCUCAAUAUCAUUUAUUGCCACUUGUAGUUCUUCAAAAGACAAGAAAAAAGGAUUAUGCCUUAUGCUCGCAAAUAAGAUUUUCUUCGUUAGGCAUUGGCACUGUGACGAAUGUGCUACCGAUUCAUUCGACGAAUACUCUGACAUGUUUUGUGAUAUUACAUUAAACCCAACCAAAAACGCACGAUAGCGAGUGUGUGAACGUGUUGUGUUGAGUUUCAGAAAACGUGUAUUACGUAAAGAUACUCUAUUUUAUUUCAAUUCGUAUUCGUAGCAGAACGAUCUUAGCGAAUCGUCAUUUUACGUUAAAGUUCAUUACAGUACAACCGAUCAUUAAGCUAUAUCAUCCAUUGAUUUCAUAACAAAUGCGUAAACUUAGAGAAGGAAGUAUGAAAAGACAUUUUUUAAAGAACGAAUAGUAUUCUUUUAUAAAUAGGUUUUAAUUGAAAGUAGAUUGUGCAAAGUAGAAAAGCGUCCGUACAGUGAAGAAAUGCGUAGCAGAAGCUUAACCUUAAACUCAGCCACCCCCGAUACAGAGUGAAUUGUUUGCGAAAAAGUGGUAAAAAGGAGUAAAGGAACUUGAAAACUACUCAACACAAGAAAAUAAGUUAACAGUGUCUAGUCAGUGGAAUUUUGCAUCGGUGGAGAGAAAUAUAGAAAAACAAAAGUAUAUUAUAUAAACACAUUGUUAGCUCAAUAAGAAUGCAGUGGCCAACCAAUACGGUUCCACCGUCGAAAAGCAUGACAAACGACAAAUGGGAAGAAACGGUUACUGGAAGUGUAGGUUUUAAGGGUUCGGCGAAACAACAGAUAAGGAGCGUGUGCUUUUACAUGAGGCUCGUAGGAUUUACCGAGGAGAACUAGUUUGGGUCGCGUAAUAGGUUUUGAAAUAAAUUAGGACAAAAACCAAAC